AGGCGUCGAGAUGUAGCUGCGACAGGAGUGACGCCCGUCGAGGAGGCGGCACGAGGAAUUCGCUCGGUGGGUGAGAAGCAGUCUCGCCUCCAUCACCAUGAAACGAAUGAUUUCCAGUGCUCCCUUUGGAAAAGAUUUAAAGACAUGCUUUGGAAUCUUACCUGAUUUGCGUAGUUUGACUCGAAAUGUUUUCCUCGCUUCAAAAUAAUUUCAUCGAGUCAAUGGAGCGGACCUGGUCGGCCUCAGAUCAGAAGUUACUACGCUACAAUGGUUCCUCGACUUUUGUUUAUAUUGUACAUUACCUCAUGUUUUACGAUAACUGCGUGCUGUUCUUCAAGGUCGACACCUAAACCUCGACCAACCAUUGCGACAGCGCGUCCCAACGUUACCUUCGAGACAUACGCUUGCCCCGAAGCCUAUGCCAAGUGGUAUUGCCUCAAUGGAGCUACCUGCUUCGCAAUCAAGAUAAGAGAUUCCAUCCUAUAUAAUUGCGAAUGCGCGGAUGGUUAUAUGGGGCAGCGUUGUGAGUUCAAAGAUUUGGACGGUUCCUAUCUCCCCAGCAGAGAGAGAGAGAUUCAAAGAGCGGGAAUAGCUGGUGGAUUGCUAAUAGUAAUCUUAAUCAUAGCUUUAUUCUAUCUCAUCUACUAUCUAACGACGCGGUUGCGGAGGAGGUACGUCGCUUACUAUCCGGAUCCGGAACUGGGGAGGAUCCAGCAACAACUAGUACAACCACAUCCCCACCUCAUGACGCCUGAAGCGGAGAUAAAAAGCAAGACUUAUUCCAACGACUGGUUAAACUCCGUUUUCCGGUGGCGACAGUUCUUUGGCAAGGAGGUCCAGAGCCUGACGUCGCCGCAAAAGUGUCAAGUCGCCAUCGUCAGUCAGUCACCUUACCUCGAACAUUGUAACUCACAAGAGCAUUACUGUCCACAAAGACAGGGACAUUGUGUUUGCCCACAUCAACAAGAGCUCCGUCAUCCUCACAGGCGGGAACAUUCCUACUCACACAGGCUAGAACAGUCUCACAGACAUUGAUGCAAACCUUUCUUCCUCUCAAUUCUUGGACAGCACUCUUGCCAAAAGCAACAAGUUGUCUGAAAUUUCUGAGCUCGUGCUUCACUGUUUAAAAGAAGCCAGGUUUUUAAAAGAAAAUAACCAGGUUUUAUGCGUAUUUCGGAACUGAUAUUUUAAACGCAAAUGUUAGUCCGCUAAAAUAUCUCAUUUUUAAUGGGGCAACAUUUAAAAACAUAAUUAACAAAUGCAUUGAAUUUUUUAAAUAUUAAUGUAUUGAAAAUUACUUUAGUCUGUUUAAUUUUUGUAAAAAAAAGCAACCGAAUGUUUUUGGAUAUUUUGAAUAACUAGUCAGUUUUCAUAACAAAGUUUUCAUUGUUUCUAUUAGCAUCAACCUGUUAUUGCAAUUGUAAAUAAAUCAAUAAUAUAAUGUUCAAGUAUUUUGCGCAGUUAGUUUUUUUCAAUAAUUAAAUCUGUAUUUCAAAUUAAAUGCGUAAAAGUUCCGAUUUAAAUGGAAAAAUGACUCUUUCGAAGCUCUUUUAUGCGCUAAUCUACUAUUUCAGACAACUGCUUCUUUUGGAAAGCUGUGAAAGAAACCGAGAUUGUGAUCAGCGUCUAAGUCAAAUAUUAAUAAGGGAAAACUAAUAAAAAAAAUGUGUGUUUAGAGGCGGGAAAAAAAAUAAUAAUUUAAAAAAUGAGUUCUGGUGGCUAGUCCUCGCUGCGGGCAGCACGUCCCUCCGACCAAUUGUUGUUCCUUCUUCUAAGACGCAAUUUCUUCCUACUGACUAUUUUUUCCAAUGCCUCCUCCUCGUGCGUCAACAUGAACUAACUUCCGUCCAAAAGAAAUGAACUCAUAAACUGUCACGUACGGUAGCUAUCGUACUGUGCUUUGGGAGCAAAGAAGAGUCAUCAUCUUUAGUGCAUCACCAUCCGACUUGCAGUGAUGGGAGAUGAAGUUUGUGGCGCCAUCUAUGAGAAGGAGUAUAUGUGACAGGGUUAUAGCCAAAGUUCUACACUGCAUCUGGACAGUGAAUUUAUAUUUGUUGAACUGUGUAUAUUUUGUCAUUGCUUUUUUUUUUUUUCCACAUCGGAUGUGUGAAUGACUAACGCCGGUAAGUGUGAAUGCGCGCGUGUGCAUGUUAUGUGUGAAUGUGUGUCAUUUUUUUUACGCCGCUGAUAACGCCUUUGGAGUGACUUAAGGAAAGAAAUCUUGCUUCUGUAUACAUUCCAAUUUCUGUGUAUGAUAGUUUGAAGAUUUUAAUAUAAUUUAUCCGUUACUUCGUAAAUAAUUUCCAUACUUUCUGUAAUGGAUUAUA